UUCGUUUCCCCCGAGCCGAGUAGACUGAGCGCCGUCAAUAGGGUUUUCUUUUUUUUUUUUUUUUUUCCCCCCUUCCGCUGGCAUCUAGUACUUCGAGUCAGCGAGACAACGAGUCGACCUUUCCACCGAGCCCGGCCAUGGACGAACAGGCAGGGCCCGGCGUGUUCUUUAACAACAAUAACAACUCUGUUUUACCCGGUGGUGGAAAAGGACCGCUGCACGAUGGCGACGCUGGGGAGGCGGCUAGGGCGCAGUACAGUAUCCCGGGGAUAUUGCACUUCCUGCAGCACGAAUGGGCCCGCUUCGAAGUAGAAAGAGCACAAUGGGAGGUGGAACGGGCCGAAUUGCAGGCCCAAAUUGCCUUUCUGCAGGGGGAGAGAAAAGGACAGGAGAAUUUAAAGAAAGACCUUGUCAGGAGGAUCAAAAUGCUGGAGUACGCGCUGAAGCAAGAGAGAGCAAAGUACCACAAGUUAAAAUAUGGGACUGAGUUAAAUCAAGGUGACAUGAAGCCUCCAAGCUAUGACUCUGAUGAGGCCAAUGAAAAUGAGAGUUCAGGCUCACUCAACAAUCAGCUGUCCUGGAAACAAGGCCGGCAGCUCCUCAGACAGUAUCUGCAGGAAGUGGGCUACACAGACACCAUCUUAGAUGUGAAGUCCCAAAGAGUCCGAGCUUUGCUUGGACUUGCAGGGGAUGGAGGCGGGAGGACUGGUGAACGGAUGAGUGCUGAGCCUUUGGUCAAUGGGACUGACUCAACAACAAAGGGCAUGGGCCCCAGGGGGAAAGCUGAGCUCUCUGACACUAGUGCUGUACUGGAGGCCUUCAAAUUCAUUGAGAAUGCAGCAGCUGAAUUCAGUGAUGAAGAUGAGGAGGAGGAUAGUGAGGGGAAAGACAGAACUAAUGUAGAAUCCAGGACGAUCAUGAGGAAGAAGCCUUCAUCAUCAUCAUUGCCUGCCAGUAUGGACACCAGUGAAGAUCCUGACACAGAGGAGGCACUUAAGGGCUUUGACUUCCUGUCCAGUCCUGAUGAGAUGGACACCUCGUCAGAGUCCAGAGGCACCGGGGAUGGGACAGACUGGGAGAAGGACGAGCAAGGUCCCAUUUCUGAGGCCUGGGACGUGGACCCGGGCCUGAUAACCAAACUCAAGGAGCAGUACAAAAAGGAGCGCAAGGGGAAAAAGGGGGUGAAGAGGCCCAACCGGUCCAAGCUGCAGGACAUGUUGGCUAACCUGAGAGAUGCGGAGGACUUGUCUCAUAUGCAGCCGCCAUCCACCCCCCAGUCCCGACCCAGCGUGGUUCGCUCCAAUGAACAUGAGGGAAACCGAACAGAUGAAGUUGAGGCUCUUACUUUCCCACCAUCCUCAGGGAAAGCAUUCAUUAUGGGCACAGAUGAGGCCAUGGAGAGCGAGCUGGGCUUGGGGGAGCUGGCUGGACUCACUGUGGCCAAUGAGGCUGACAGUCUGGCAUAUGAUAUUGGCAACAAUAAAGAUGCCAUGAGAAAAACAUGGAACCCCAAAUUCACUCUGCGGAGUCAUUUUGAUGGGAUUCGCGCUCUGACCUUCCACCCUGUGGAGCCCGUCCUCAUCACAGCUUCAGAGGACCACACACUCAAGAUGUGGAACCUGCAAAAGACCGCUCCUGCCAAAAAGAGCACAUCUUUAGAUGUGGAGCCCAUCUACACUUUCAGGGCACACAGGGGGGCUGUACUGAGUGUGGUAAUGAGCAGUACAGGGGAGCAGUGUUUCAGCGGAGGAGUUGAUGGGACUAUCCAGUGCUGGAACACUCCCAACCCCAACAUUGACCCAUACGACUCCUAUGACCCAUCAGUGCUGCGAGGAGCUCUGAGUGGACACACUGACUCAGUUUGGGGUUUGGUGUACAGCAGUGCCCACCAGCGCCUCCUCUCCUGCUCUGCAGACGGGACCGUGAGACUGUGGGACGCCAACACCACCUCCCCCGCCCUAGCUGUGUUCAACGAAAACAAAAAGCUAGGAAUUCCUUCCUCAGUAGACCUUGUGUGUAGUGAACCAGCUCAUCUGGUCACGUCCUUCACAAAUGGGCAGAUUGGCCUCUUUAACAUGGAGACCAGCCAGCUGGUCCUCAGUCUGGAAUCCACUUUGGAGCCCGGCACUCCCUGUCAGAUCAACAAGGUCCUCAGCCACCCCACUCUCCCCAUCACUAUCACUGCACAGGAGGACAGACAUAUCAAGUUCUUUGACAACAACAGCGGAAAGCUCAUUCACUCCAUGGUGGCCCACCUGGAUGCUGUCACCAGCUUAGCUGUGGACCCAAAUGGACUUUAUCUCAUGUCAGGCAGUCAUGACUGCUCUAUCCGUCUGUGGAACCUGGAGAGUAAAACCUGCAUCCAGGAGUUCACAGCUCACAGGAAGAAGUUUGAGGAAUCUAUCCAUGAUGUGGCAUUUCAUCCAUCUAAAUGUUACAUUGCCAGCGCUGGGGCAGAUGCUCUCGCAAAGGUGUUUGUAUGACGCGGAGCUGCAUGUCCCCCCACAGCCCUGCUGUCUGACUCAGUCUCCCGUGAUCAGGGACCAAUAGACACAGCAGAGGAAGGACCGUCAGCAAGAAGUCCAGUCCCAUCCCAUACAGCCCACUGGUCUCCUGUUGGACUUGCAGACUGUGUAGCCGCUAGCCUCAAAACAGGCUGUGACUCUCCAUAGGAAGGGUUGUCAGGGAGGCCAGUCAGGAAAACUGCUCUCUGGUCCCCCACCCACCAUCCAGGCAGGCCUGGGUGUGACUGGCCACAGUGUCCCCUGCAGACUGACUUAAGUUUAACCUCCACCAAAAAGGAGGCUGGAGUGUUGGUGUGGGGUGAAGAAAUGAGGUUUUAGGCCCCUUCUUCCUCUGCCCCUGUGGCUUCAUGCUCAUCCCAGAUCCCUCAGGCCCUCAACUUUCCCUCUUAGACAAACCAGGUCCAGCUCCUUUUACUCCAAGUCAGGUUUUCUUUUGUUUUAGAAAUGUGGGGUACUCAAAGUUCAAUGGAGCUGUCAUGGAAGCCUUUCAUUUCCUCUUCUCUGCUUCCCAGACUGACUCUGCUUGCUGGCCUGCCUUUACUUUCCUUUUUAAAAUCCCAUAUUGACAAAUGUGCCUUUGCUUUAAAAAGGUCUUGAAAUUUUUAUUUUAACAAGCUUGUUUUGGGGAACAGGGAGGGAGGGGAUUGUUGGUGCAUUUUGAGCUGGUUGUCACAAUGUUGUUGAUUUUAACAUCAGAUGUAAAAUUACAAAUGCUUAUAAUAAACAAUAUAUAUAUUCAGUCUUAAAAUUUACUGUGCAGCGUGAGUUUGAGUGUCCUUUUUGAGAAGUGUGGUUGGGUAAUCAGUUUUGUGCAUUUCGAGGCAAAGCUGGUAAAGUGAUACAGACCAUUAAAUAUAUUGCCUGUUUGUUAGAUUCAAGUAACUGUACACUUCAGAAGUAAGAUUACAAAUAUAUGUGUCAAAAGUAAACCAUCUUGGUUAUAUAAUUACACCGCAGACUUGGUUCUAGAUGUCAAUUUUAGGAGUAACUAACAGAUUUUGGCCAGUUUGCUCUUGUUUGAAUUGAUGGCGUGUACUGUAUGUAGUUUUUCCCCCGCUGUGUGGACAUGCUUUACUACAAUGUGAUGUAUCAUGUCCUAAUAUUUACAGUAGUCCAGUGUUUAGCAGGAAAUUAGUGCAGUACUUUAGGAAUAUUUGAAACAGUGAGUUUAACCAUCCAACACAGGCAAGAUAAAUUUCCUGCAAUUCCAGUUUACUGUAAACUGAGGAGGUUUAAAAGAAAAGGAAAUAAAAGGCAGUCGAGAUGUUGUACACGGAGAGUACAGCUUCACAUGAGCCAUUUUCUCAGUCACUGGUUUGUAUAUGAAAAUAUGUUCAAAAUAAAAACCUGCUGUAAAAUGUUA